AUGAAAAUUGCUGGUCAAGAAAUUCUAUUUUAUUUGAAGACUUUUAUUACACUGAAUGGAACCAAUCUUAAACAUUUGUCAAUUAGUGGUAAACCAAAUGACAGGGUUAAUUUGGGUGAACUUGCUAAAUCAAUUGGACAACAAUGCUUAAAUUUGGAAUAUUUGUCAAUAUGUUACAGGAAUAAAGAAAUUGGUCGAUUAAUUGGAAUAUUUAAUGGUUGUUCUAAAUUAAAGCAUAUUUCAUUUUCUAAUCUUUAUUCAGGUGAUUAUAUAUUAAAUGGCAUUAAAAUAUUGGCUGUUUUAAAUAAAUCAUUAUCAAAAAGUUUGAAUACAUUAAAAUUUGAAGAUCAAGUUAAUAUUAUUAAAGAUGAAUCUUUAAAUCAAUUGAUGAGGGAUUGGAGAGGUCCUAGACCAUUCAAAAUAUUUAUAUUUGGUGACGAAAUAGUUUUUUAA